UGAGGAGAGUUUCGGCAAGUGUUGGCUUCUGCAUUUUAAUUUUUAAAAUAUAGAGUUGCGUCGUGUGGUUGACAUCUUUCAUAAAAUGUUGCAUCAGAGCUAAGUUUAGUAAAUUGUUCUAGAGUAAGGUCUGAAAGUUUUUAUUUCUUUUAGGAAGAACAUUAUUCUGUAUUCAUCAUUAAAAAAUUACCCAAUUUACCGGCAUCCGGCCGUUGGCAUUUAGUUUGUUUGUUGAGAAGUGAAAAGUCGCACGCCGGCAACCGCAACAUAACAAAACUGAGAACAGCAAGGAAAGCAGCACGCCAACUGAAUUUUUUCUCAGACCCUCCCCAAAAAAUUAAAUAAUAAUUUGCUGCUAUGGGGAAUUGUUGCAUGUCCAAGGAGCCACAGAAUUCGUUCCAGAACGAAAGUUUCAACAACAACUCGCAAAAUGUAUUGAAUCACCAUCACAUAAACGUGCAGCAGGUGGUGUCUGCGUCGAAAGAAUCCAUCAAUUACAAGUCCAGUAGUUCCAACCUCCAACACAUCAACGACAGGGAACCAGAAGAGUCUGUGAACGACCCUUCCGUACACCCGCAGGCCUGCCCCAUCUUCCUAAUGAGAUCCGUCAGUGAUAAACAUCGAAAAAGCACAGAUCACAGAAGGCGGAAGAGUCAGUAUGACAACCACCACCAUCAUCAUCAUCACCGUGAGUACGGGCGAAUCAUACGGAAGUUCAGCUCCUGUUCGACCAUCUUCAUCGACGACUCGACAGUCAGCCAGCCAAAUUUGAAGAACACCAUCAGAGCAGUUGCACUUGCCAUCUACUUCCACAUCAGGAACCGCGUUCAACGGGAUCCCGCCGCCUUCGAAGACAGUCAGAUGGACAUAUUCGACGAAACCAAAUAUCCCAUGUCGAAGGAAGCCCUGCCUGAGGACCACUUCAGAAGGGACCCUGAGCACAAAACCAUCUACAAGUUCAUCAGGAACCUCUUCCAUUCUGCUCAACUGACAGCUGAAUGUGCCAUCGUUACACUGGUAUACUUAGAACGACUGCUGACAUAUGGCGACAUGGAAAUGCUGCCAAAAACAUGGAAGAGGAUCGUGUUGGGAGCCAUCCUUCUGGCUUCCAAGGUUUGGGACGAUCAGGCCGUCUGGAAUGUUGACUACUGCCAGAUACUGAAGGAGAUUACUGUUGAGAACAUGAAUGAACUGGAGCGUCAGUUCCUGGAACUCCUGCAGUUCAACAUCAACGUGUCGUCCAGUGUGUACGCCAAGUACUACUUCGACCUGCGAGCCCUGGCCGAAGCCCACGAUCUGACACUUCCAUUCGAACCGCUAAGCAAGGAGAGGGCCAUCAAGUUGGAGGUGAGCAAUGCUCUGAAGAGGAGGCACAGUGACGGGUUCGCCUCCAACCCCCGACUCAGCAAGGCCAUCAUCUCUUGACCGAUCAUCUUCAUCAUCGUCGUCGUCUCAUGACCGAUCAUCAUCAUCAUCGUCGUCGUAGUAGUUGUCAUCAUCAACAUUAUCUUCUUAAUAGUCCAGUUCUGUUGGAUACGAUCAUUAGUGUACGUUCAAAUAUCAUCAUCAUCACUGGCAUUGUCCCGUGAUCGUUGAAUUAAUUUGCAGAAUCGUUGAAGCUCUGGCUAUGCAUUUGUAUUACACAUCAUCGUCAUCAUUGAGUUCAUUUCAUUUGUAAAUGUAUCGUGGCUGGAGAACAUCACAUCUAUAUCACCUUCUCCGCCUCCAAUUUUAUUUGAUAUUUGUAAAUUCUAAUCAAUCCAUCUUACCUCUUUUGUACUUCUUACUGAUCAACAUUUAUUGUCUUGUUUUUAUUUUUGAACUCAUCAUGUUCUUUCUCUGAUAUGCGACCAUGAAUUGACAAACAAGUAACUGAACGAAUUGGGAUAUUAUUUGAUAUUUUGGUGCUGCUAGGCGGUUCUUCGUUCUCUUUCCUUCCAUCCAUCGUCUACUAUUCUUUUAUUUGGCAUUUUAAUUUAUUCUACAAUAAUGUUAAUAAAAUAUUAUUUUAAA